AUGGCGAUACUGGCCAAGGAAAAAUCGUCGCUGACGUUCGGAGAAUACGUGCUGAUAGUCUACUUCACGUAUUGGGGAGACCUGAAUGCAGGCAACUAUAACUGGAAAAGGGGAGACGAUAUGGACCAGGCGGCCCGGAAGGCCUACGAGGCGGUGAUGGUGGCGCGGCCCCGCCGUCCGGAAGACCUGCAGUUCGCGUGGUUCGAGACGGAAGUGAAGCGGCGCGCGCUGACCGAGUACAACUAUAUGUGGGAAAAAGACCACGAGGUGUCCACACUCAACAUUGGCCUCUACGAUUCCUUCGUACUGUAUGCGCUUGCGCUAAAUGAGACUAUCGCGGCAGGCGAGAAUCCUCGUAAUGGGCAGAGAGUUGUUAAACGGAUGUGGAACAGAACUCUUGAUGGUAUCGGCGGACCAUUUUAUAUAAAUCCAAACGGUGACCGAGUGGUUGAUUUCACCUUACUCGACAUGGUCCCAGAAACUGGACAAUUCAAGGUAGUUGCGAAAUACGAGGGUUGGACAAACCAAUUCAAGCUUAUACCAGAAGUUCCGAUACACUGGCCAGUGCGCGGCAGUCGUCCCCCGAACCAACCCACUUGUGGCUUUCGCGGAGAAGUCUGCGUAACUUUUUCGUUGUCCUCCAGUGCAGUUGUGGCGAUCAGUUUGAGCAGCGUCAUUGUCGUCCUCGCCGUAGUCGGCAUUUUUAUGUUCAGGAAAAUAAAAGCGGAAGCGGAUAUUCAGAGUAACUGGUGGCGCGUACGCAGUGAGGACAUACACGUGACCAUACAGACGUCAUCAGUAAUGUCCAGCAAUCGCCGGUUUCAGAACGACGAAGGCACUUCGAUAGUGACACAACCUCAAGAAGCUCAGGCAGUUGGCGUUUACAAAGGAACAAUUGUGCAUGUCAGAAAGCUGGAGGUGAAGACAGCUCCAAUAGACCGAGCACUGUUACUAGAGAUCAAACAGAUGCGUGAGAUCACCUGUCCAAAUCUGACUAAUUUCUUCGGGCUCUGCCCAGAAACAGGCAAGAUGUGUGUGCUGACCGAGCACUGCGCCAGGGGAAACCUUCAGGAUAUUCUUCAAAAUGAUGCCAUGAAGUUGGACUUGGACUUCAAACUGUCGCUGAUUCAGGAUAUCGUGGAGGGUAUGACGUACCUGCACGCUAGCAUUAUUGGUGUCCAUGGUCAGUUGACCGACUCGCGGUGUUUGAUAGAUGGACGCUUCGUGCUCAAGAUUACCGGCUUUGGGCUCAAUUGCUUGAAUGAAGCUGAAAUAAGGAAUAAGCGACUUGAACGUGGUGAGGGAAUUUUUUUGUCAACGUAUGCGGCAGAUAAUAAGUGGUAUUAUUAG